CAUAUCUUCCAACUCAACCGCCGCUUCCUGGCCGGCCCAGGCAGCCGCCUCAGGCCCCGCUCCUCACUGAACCGCUAUCCGCUUAUUCUUGUUAUCACACCGACAGAAGAGAGCUCCGCUCCGGCUGCGUGGAGCUGCCGCCGGGAUGAGCGGACGGAAAGGCUGAAAUUUCCGCAUCCUCCGCAGAAGUCUGGCCGCUUGCAGCGCGGGGCUGAGCGAGGUGCAGCCUGAGGAGUAGCUGUUGUGGUGAUGGUGUUGGACUUGGGCGCAGUCUUCAUGGAUCGGGUUGAGGGUGAAAGAAGCGCUGGGGACCUGUUGAAAACAGACGCUCGAGAAGAUCCACCCAAAACUGUUAAAAGGUGUGGCGCCACAAAAAGGGAGACGGUGUCACACAACGGGCUCGCAGCCCCAACAAGCUGCAGCAGCCAGGUACUACAGAGAAGAUUGUCAACAUCAUCAUCAUCAAAAUGUGGGACUGCGUCCAGAACGCCACUGCGAAGGCCCCUCAGCCUGGAGGUGACGUCCCAGCGCAUGAGAGGGUCUCAGGAGCAGAUGGUGGACCGGAGGAUCCUACAGCCUCCUUGGCGCAGUGGUACGGCUGCCCCCUCCCCCCGGCUCGUAGCCUGACCAGCCCCAGCCUGGGAGUGAGUGGCUGGAUGCGCCGUAGUGAAAGCACCUGCUCCGUGAACUACUCCCUGGGGCUGCGGGCCAGUAAGGGGCAAAUGCGACCGGCCACCUCCCUCCCUCAUAUUGCUAAAGGAGUGGGUGGUUCAACACUCCCUACAGCCACCAGGCCCUGCCUGCUCGUUGCCCUCAGACCUCUAAACUUGGAGCAGGAGAAGCAGGCUUUCUUCCAGUCUGACUACAAGUAUGAGCCUCAGUUUGAGUAUGCGCAGCCUGAGCCCAGGAGCGUGCUGGACAAGUACAGAGAAGGCUCAGGUCUCUUUCUUGAACAGGCAGUUGGGAUCAUGGAGUGCGUCCUGAGGAAGUUUGGCUCCUAUGAGAACUUUGAGGAGGUGACUGGUGGCAGCGUUCUGCCUAAAAGUCAGGUGUGGGCUGCUGUGCGCAAAUACCUGCAGAAAGAGGGCUGUGUGGGGGAGGUUGUUGUGCGUCUAUCUGAAGAGCUGCUGUCUCAAGCUGUGAUGGUGGUGGAAAGCUGCCGUCCUACUCUGACCAUUAACCUAUCUGGGGCUCGACAGCACUGGCUGGAGGGGAUGCUGAGACAUGAGAUCGGCACACAUUAUCUGCGAGGUGUGAACAACAGCGUGCAGCCAUGGGCCACCGCCGAAGGCAGGAAGCAGUUUGGACUUAAACCAGCUAAUCCCACAGAGGAGGGCCUGGCCAGCCUGCACAGUGUGCUGCUACGGAAACAGCCCUACCUGUGGCGCGCGGCUCUGCUCUACUACACAGUGUACCACGCCACCAGCAUGAGCUUCAGCCAGCUCUUCAGUCACAUAGCACGGUUCGUCCAGGACCCGGACGUCCGCUGGGAGUACUGCCUGCGAGCCAAGAGGGGACAGACGGACACCUCGCAGCCCGGUUGCUUCAGCAAAGAUCAGGUGUAUCUGGACGGGAUCCUCCGGAUUCUUCGGCAUCGAAGGACCAUUGACUUCAAAAUGUUAACUUCUUUAGGCAAGGUGUCUUAUGAAGAUGUGGAGAGACUCCGACAUCUGGCAGUGCUCUCCAAAACCAGAAUCCCGCACUUCAUGCGAGACCAGGAGCGGUACCUGCAACAUCUGGACCACAUCGUCACCAUCAAUGAGCUUGAGGAUUCAACUCUGGAGCACCUUCUACCGUGACCAUCCCACCCAAAGAGAAGAGGAAUUGUGGUGUGGUGACCUGAUUCUUGCUUAAGAGAUCCAGUAUUACUGAUGCUUUAUUGGAGCAAUUUUGUUUUCUUAAAACUUGAAUGACAUGAACAAAAGGGACAUACACACGAACACCUCUAUCUACAUUUCACUUGUGUCCAAUGCAUGUUUGUGUGGCUUUUCCACAGAGCCAAGUACAGUUUCUGUGCCCCGUCGCCUUUACUGCUAUUAUGAAAUUACCUCAGUACUAAAACUUUAUGAUGUAAUCAACUUUAUAUAUGUAAACUCACUCAUAAUCACAGAAAUGUUCACAAUCACAUGCUUUAUUUAUGCAAUUAUUUAAUCUUUUUCUUUUUUUUACUUUGAGAAAACAGACUGAAUGUUUCUGGUAUUAGCUUUAUACGUUCUUUUUUAGACUGCGUUGUUUUUAUGCCUUUGAUUAUUUGCAUUUUAAAAAGAAGACACCAAGGACACAUUUCAAAACUGAGACCACGAAUCUUAAAGAUAUCAAGUGCCAGCAGACUCAGUCUGACCUUCCACCAGGGAUAAUUAAAAUAUCAGUGUUAUUAAGAAGAUAAUCAGCUCUUUUAUCACUGUCUUAACAGUGUCCUUGGUGGUCUUUGAUUAUCAGAAUGCUGCUGUGAUGUGUGCCUCAGCCCCUGACCCCAACUCCACCCCACUGCGCAACAACCAAAUUUUCCUUUGAAACAUUGGAGGAAUGAUUGAAAAUUUUGGGUUGCUUACGUUUAUUGAAUAACUUGCAGUUAUAUUACGAUUUAUAGGAUUCUCUUAUCUUUGUAGUUAAACCGGUUCUGUGCUUUGUGUUAAAAAAGGCAAAUAAGGGUUUGCUUACCCCGAACUCAGACUGUCUAAAAAUACUUUAUUUCAUCACAACUCAGCCUUGUCAGUCUGGUUUUUGCUAUGUGCUAAAAUUACAGUCUUUUCUAAACAAACAGUAAAAACUUCCUGGGUGGAAAAAUGAAGUCACUACAGAACUUGGCAGCGUGUGUGACAAUAGCUUUCUGUCUUCACCUCUGCAAACACUUUGCUGCUGAGUUGAUGGGCUCAGUCACUCGUUUGGGGUCAUAAAUCUAAACUAAUUAGGUCUGUAAAUCUUGGUCAUACCAUAAAAAUUGAUAAAAUCUAUAUCAAGUGAGUCAUGACAAAAAAGUCCCUGAUAUUUCAGUUGAGCUUUGCAAUGCUGCUUAAUACCUUAAUGACUCAUAGUUAGUCCUGUGGCCAGGAAUCAGGAUCUUUAUUCCCGUUGUAGCAACGAAACACUGAACAAUGAAACUGAAGCUCAGUUCUCUCGCUGUAAGCAAAGACGGUCACACAAUAAAGUUACAGUUCCAGCCAGGCUAAACAUUCCCCGAUUAGUGUGUGUCGCUGUUGGUGGCCUUUAGCUGUGGCUUUAUAUUAAACUGAUGGAAUGGUGAUGGAAUCAGUCUCUUAUGACUCUGCAAGAGAGCAAAUGUAGGUAUUUCCCCUAAAACGUCUGUCUUUAUUGGUAAAUGUGCUAAAGUAACAUUUUUAAUACUGUGUUGGGCUUUUUGAGACUGUCUCAUCCAGACCGAGUCGCUUGUUAAGGAGGAAACGGGGGUGUAGUGGGUGUGCCUUUGAUGGGUGUAGCACUCAUCUGCUGUAGCUAGCCAUGUGUUUUGUAAGAUGCUUUUAUUGUGUUUGACACUUAAAACUUGAGAUGUCAGUCAGGGCAUUCAUUUUGGGCCAAGCUGUCAGUCAGCACAGAGAAACCAGAAGAACCAGGUCACAGCAGCAUCACGACACUAGCCUCGAGUUUUUAACUUGAAGAUGAAAAUACGGGGCCAACAUGUGAACACUAUGAACACGAUGCAUUUUAAACACUUGGAUUUGAAGAUCAACAUGUAACCCAAUUAUAUUCUGCUGUGUUUACGGUUUUAUCCACGUGAUAAGGUCAGAUCUAUAAUAUCUGCUUAACGGCAGCCUGGUUUCACCUAAACGAAUGCACCGAUUUAUAAACGCACGAAUGUUGCAGAAGUGUUAUGUUGUGGAAAACAACUUGAAUUUCCAGUUUAUUUAUUAAAAUGUACAUACACGGUU